AUGAGGUAUGCCGAGGUAUUUAUUGCCUUCGGUGAAGCAAAUGAAUGGAGCUGUUGCCCUGUCACAUUUGCUUUAUUUCCAUCUCGUCCAUAUGGCAUGCUUGUAACAAUGUUCCAACAUGAUGUGGAGCGAUGCAGUGUUGGAGUAAAGAUUGAUGACAAACCCGGGAGUGCCGCACAGACCUCAGAUCCUGCGUCUUCUCCAAAUAAUCCUCUUCAAGGUUUAAGCGCAGAAAAGCGUCAACUUUUGACCAAUUUACUGCUUCUUCUGACUGCUCACCAUCGUCAGCAGAAACUGGCAAGCCAGCAAAUCGAAAAAGCCUCAAGCAGUCAACAAUACCCACCAAUUAAGCCCGAGUUCGAUUGUCGGCCCUUCAAGGGUCCAAAAACACCGCCCACUCCAACCCAACCGCCAUUACCACCUUCGCCACCAUCAUCACCACUACCUCGACAGGAAUAUGCAUCCCACCCACCUUCCAGAUUCCGAAGACCCCUGGAUCAAGGUCGCCAAUUCAAUCGACCAUUUGCAUCCCCUCCAAGACAGCGUAGUUUUCGAGAACCACUGGAAUCGAGGCGCAGAUCACUGAGACCUCAAAUUAGACGGGAAUUCUCGAAUGAUCCUGCGGUGUCUCGACUCCGAAUGCGGUCGGUGGUGAACGUGGUUGUUGACAGGCGUGGUGAACCGCAACGUCAGCGGUCGUCCUCAUCAGCCAGAUCUUCGUGUAGCUGUGUAGAUUGUGAAGAGAGGAAGAAACGGCGAGAGAGAGAAGACGAAGAGGAGGGCUGUUGUGCUCGAACGCGACCCUACCAAGGAAAAGUAAAACAAAGAGAUCCUGUUGUUGUUGAAGGACAUGUGGAGGAGGUAGACUCGUGGCAGCUGGGGCGUAAGAGAAGAAGAGAGUGGAUACCGCAAGAGAAUUAUCGGCGGCAGCUGCCAUGGCAUCGAAGACGCCAGAGCGGUGUGACAUAUCAAGCCUGGGACUUUGGAAGGCGCGGAAGAUUUGUGGAUGGCUGGACGGCUGGAAGGCGUGGCAGGCAGGAUGCAUGGAGCUGGAAGCUUGUUAAUUCCAUAGAGUUCUUAUCGAAUCAUCAAGCUGUCCUGGUGGUUCAUUUAUUCAUCUCGAAUCCAUGUAGCCUGGAUUCAUUCAUUCAUCCAUCCAUCUGA